CCUCUUUUGCGCCUGAUAACUCGAACACUACAUUCCAUAUAUAUAUAGUGUAUAUAUGUAUUCUCACACACGUUCUCAAAUGCAUAUACAUGCAACAAAUUAAGGGAGACAUGAACAAUCAUCAUCGUCAUCAUCAUUUUGUGUUUGUGCAUGGUGCGGGACAUGGGGCGUGGUGCUGGUACAAGCUCAAGAACAAGUUGUGUGAGAAUGGACACAAGGCUACAUGCAUAGACCUCAAGGGUGCCGGCAUAAAUCUCGCCGAUCCAAAUACAAUCUCCUCGCUGGAAGAAUACAAUAAACCUCUCCUCGAUUUCUUAUCCGAGCUCCCGGGCAAUGAGAAAGUUAUACUGGUCAGCCACAGCAUUGGAGGAGGGAGCGCGACGGCUGCCAUGUGCUCGUUUCCUCACCGAAUUUCUAUGUCAGUUUAUGUUGCAGCAGCCAUGGUUAAACCUGGAAGCCCUGUUCCACCGACUGUACAAAAUUUUCAUCAAGGAGUGCAAAACGAACACGAGAGUAAAUGGGAAUACAUCUACGGGAACGGAAAGGACAAGCCUCCCACGAGCAUGAUGAUGAAACCAGAGUACAUUCGUCAAACGUACUACAAUCAGAGCCCUAUGGAGGAUUACACACUAGCCACGACACUACUGCGACCAUCGCCUAUAAAUGCGUUCGAAGGCAUUGGAAGAAUCGAGAAAGCACCCGAGAUUGAAGCUAUUCCACGUGUUUAUGUGAAGACAGCCAAAGAUAACAUGUUUUCUCCAUCGGCUCAAGACUGUAUAGUGAAUCGUUGGCCACCUUCUCAACAGUUUGUUCUUGAAGACAGCGAUCACUCCGCCUUCUUUUCUGCCCCUGAAGCUCUCCAUGACUGUCUCCUUCAGGCAGCUUCCUCCAUUUCCAAAUGAAUAUUGCAAUAGGUUAAUCAUUCGAAACAUGUUCCAAUAACUAAACAACAACUUUUCUGAGUCUUGGUACGAAGCUAGACUAGAGACAAUAUUCAUAUGUUUAUGUACGGACUUUUGAAUGUGAUUGUUGAUUUCUAAAGAAGCUAUUACAGUUCUAUGGAA